AUGGUCUAUCCCCAGCGUGAAAUUAUCAGUGAGCCUUUCGUUGAUCAGUUAGAAGUGAUCAACAAAGGGUUGGCCGACUUACAAAACCAACCUAUGAAUUAUUAUAGGAAAAAAUACCCUGUAAGGAAAUAUGGAGUAUAUAAUUACCAACAACAUCAACCUGGUCAAAUAGGUGUUCAACAAGUUGGUAUACAACAACAAAUCACCACCAAUCAAAUGGGAGGUGUAGGUCAAGUCAAUAAUGUUUCACAAAUCCCUGUAAUGCAACCCCAACCAUCAAUUUUCAGUAAUCAACCUUAUGGAUUUGACUAUAAAUCCAUUUAUGGAGAUGAAACUGUUGGUGGUCAACUUAAUCAAGGUGUUAGUCAAGGAGUUAAUGUCAAUCAAGGAGUUACUGUCAAUCAAUCAUUAAAUGGUAGUAAUGGCUCACUUAAUGGAAAUAACACUGGUAUGGCCAAUAAUAAUGGGUCUAAUUCUAAUGUAGUCUCCAACACAACAGAGUCAUACCCAGUAUUUGAUCCAUUUAGCAGUAAUUACUCAGGAAUCAACUUAUCCAAUGAUUUACAAAGUAACUUAUUGAACUUUAAACAAACCAACAAUAUUUGGGGAAAUUCAAAUUCCACUACUGUUAGUGAUGCUACAGUUUGGGGUUAG